AUGAACCGCACGUUUGUUUGGUUGAAAGUUGGGAGCCAUCGCUCAAAGAGGCAGGUUGCAGCACCGCGUGUGAGAAAAGAAAUACGAGCCAUGACCGACGCUGAAAGAGUUAGAUACUUCAACGCUCUAAAUCGGAUGAAGACCGAUACGUCAUUGAGACCAAACGUGUACGACGCAUUGGCCGCUUUCCACCAAGGAGCUAAUGUCCAAAGAGCACACUUUGGUCCUGCAUUCCCGGGUUGGCAUCGCCUGUAUCUUUGGAUACUCGAAACAUUUCUUCGGCAGCAGGAUCCCCAAGUGACGAUUCCAUACUGGGCAUCACACCUUGACGGUGAAAUGACUACGCCCACAAGCUCCGUGUUAUUCAGCGACGCGUUUUUUGGACCUGGCUUUGGACUCCCAAUUACGGGACCAUUUCGUACCUGGCCUCAAAUUAACCCUAACACAGUGUUCACAAGAAACCUAGCAGCAGGUACCCAGCUGUUCACGGUUGCCGGAAUAAAUGCCAUUCUUCGUCGACGUCGGAAUAGAGACAUCCUGGUUCCCACCGCGCCAGCUGACAGUAAUUUUGAGCUACAGCAUGGUGGAGCGCAUGUCUUUAUUGGCGGAACAAUGAAUAAUCUGAAUGCAGCUGCCAGAGAUCCCAUAUUCUUCAGCCAUCACGCAUUUGUCGAUCAAAUUUGGGAACGUUUUCGUCUAAACCAAAGAGCCGCGGGUAUUCCAACAGCCACCGAUUACCCGUGGGAUCCAAAUGAUCCAAGGAUCCGGGCAUCACACAAUCCAAACCUAACGGCGGGAUUUUCAACAGUAGGUAGCCCUUUCAAUUCUUUCCGCCAGAUUGAUGGUUUCUCGGACGACUUUUUCCAACUCGUUCAGUACGAGCAGGUGCCCUCGUGUGCAACAGGCUGCGCAGGAUCACGAUAUCUUCGCUGCAACACUGCGACAAACCGAUGCGUUUCGAGAAGUACUGCGGAGGUUAGGGCAGCUGGUAUCAACGUGGACACACAACCAGGUCUUAUUCCGGCUGGAAGAAAGAAACGUCAAGCUGUUCAAAGAAACUACGAAGUGUGUGAUCGCAAUUGGUUUCUGCACGAUGUCAACGUCAAUUCAAUGUCGCUUGCUUCUCCAGAAGAUUUAAGGAACACAUACACCAACUCGUGGUCUUAUAUACCCGUUAAAAUUAUUACGAAAAGGCCUACAGAUUACAUCGAUUUUCAAAAAUUUUCUGCUUACGGUAGCCAUGUCAAUGGGGUUAACAAGCAGCCUGAACUGACCCAAUUCGGAACACAAAAAAGUUACGAGUAUUGCAGAGACCAUAUGGACGCUCCAGGAAAAAUAAGGAUUGUUGCAUACGGGCUAAAUCACGACGCCUAUUCGGAGGAAUACGUAAUAUCGGACAACCGACUUGCAGUUUCCGAAUCGAUCGGCGUCAUAGCGGUCAAAACGCCGACGCUGGCUAGUUCUGACGUAAUGGUUGCUGCGUUCGAUAUAUGCGGUCGAGUGUGUCGCCCAUACUGCAAAUUCGAGCCUGACACCACCCAUAAUCAUGUUUUUGCUGGCGCAUUUAAAGUGUCAACCGAAUCACCAUCGAUGUACAGUUCCUCGUAUAGCGAUGCUCUGCUAAGCAUUUGGGAAACCCCGACCGACGGCGCGUGUCCCUCCGUGAACAACAAUCUUUUUCCUCUGAUUUUCUUUUGCGAGUACACGGACCACUGGAUUUGGGGUCCAAACACGUCCCCUGCCCCUUGAUUUUACAUGGGUCUUGAGACCAGCAGUUCUCAUUAUAGCCAUACCAUGCUCCUAAAUAAAAAAGUAUAUCUAAAUAUGUUUAAAUAAUGAAACAAAUUCAGUAUAUAAAUAUUGUCUCUUACGCCUCCAUUUAAAUAAAGAAUAAUUAAAACUUCA